AGCUCGGUAUUCGUAGCCGAUACUCUCGAUCGCGCAUGCGCACUAUCGGCGCGCUAAUUGGGCGGUGUUUUUCAUGAAUAACUCAAAACCUAAGCCUUAAGGAGAAUUGUGGUAAAGGAAAAAGUUGUGCAGAAUCAUCCCAGCUACCAGUUCCUCAAAGGAUGCCCACCUGUAGCUGAACACCCUCUACGUAUGGGGCCCUACGGAUGCGCCCCCCAUUGCCGCUUUUCUUAGGGGUGCCUGAGGAGGAAUGGAAAUCACCAUUUUCCCUGCAGAAGCUGCUCUUCAAUGGAGAAUGCAGCCAGGGGUGACAGUGGUUCUGGCCACGGUCUGGCUCUACGCGAACGUGGUGGGGACAGCCAGCCUCAACUCCUCUCGCUUUUCUCUCGAUCAAUACUCCCCUUUGGCCCCGCAGCAUGAGCUUUACCAACGAGUUCCGAUCGGCUCGCGAAGGUCGAGCUCUACCAGCACCGCAUCCCCGUUACAGUCCUUCAGGACCAACUACCUCGACAAGGAUUCGUUGGACUCGAGGAGCAAUGGUAACAGCGGCGGCGACGACGACGAUUUUUCACCUUUAGUCGAAGACAAGCAGCGUCGUAAAAAGUUCACGGAGCAGAAAAUCGAUGGGGGAGGCACAAAGGAUUCGGAGCAGCCAUCCUUGGCUCUGUCCGAAUUGGAGGAUCCUUUCGUAGCCGACGACACGUUUCAAGAUCAAGGACCAGGCUCCAUGGAAAUAUACAAAUUGGACCUGCUCAGACUUUAUCCGUUAAGCCACGCGCCCCUGACAAGGUACCUGCUAAAGGGCAAAGGUAAGACACCUAAGAAGACGAGCCAAGCGGACUGGAAGGCUAAGACGACGGACUACAAGUCAACCAGCCCGAAGAUGUUCUACAAACAAUCCAACUCCUUCGACGAUUUAAGCACAGAGGUGCCUCCGAACAGCGACCCGUUCAGCAUAGGCGGUGUACCGGAGUUGCAAGUGGGUUGCGAGGGUCUGGCCGCUUCAAAAUACAAGCAGAAGAGGUCUAUAGACUCUGGUGGUAGAGACAAGGCUCCCAUAGCAGCCAUGGACACGUGGCCAGGUGUGACACCCAUCUCCCUGGACCUGGAGUACGACUUCUCCUCGGUUGAGGAGGAGGAGGAGAUGGAUGAACUGGUAAGGCUGAAGAAGUUGGAGACCACUACGAAGGGGAUCAAACAGAACAGAGGGGACAUGGAGGCGACUCGUUAUUCGGACUCCGACGACAAAAGGCGACCCGAGAAAUUGCCCGUCCGUGGGGACUUGGGCAAGUCGAAUGGUCAGAACUCGACCGGCGGUGAUCAGAAGACGGCCGGAGAGGGUUCUAAUUCUGAUAUAGCUAAACGUGAAGCUUUCGAAGAGGAGGAAGCGAAGUCGGCCGACAGUUUGGUAACGGCUCAUCAGCGUCGCAGGAUACUGUGGCUCGACGACUCCGUCGCUGAUGAGCAACUUCGGACCGAAGGUCGUUCGAAGCGUCAGAUCUGGGGCUUCGGGGAGGACGAGGGCGUAGUGUCGAGCGACGAACUACAGACGGAGAACCAACGACGAAGACAGGACUACGAGCGAAGGAGGAAGGAAGAGGAGAGGAGGAGGCUGGAGGAGGAGCAAAGACGAGGUCACGUUGAGAAUCGAACUAAUUCCGAGGUAGAAAGGAUCAGGCAGGAGUACGAGAGAUCUCUUCAGGAAAGAACGAGGCAAGAAGAAGAGAGACAGCGACGGCUGCAGCAGGAGGCGCGAAGAACAUCCAGCAGGUGGCAGUCGCCUGAAGAACACCGAGAGCGUCCGCAGGAAUUGGAUGCCUCUCCCAGAAGAUAUGAAUCUUAUCCUCAUACCUCCACCUACGAAGAAGAAAGGAGGCACCAGGAGGCGGAGGCCACGAGAAGACGUGAUUGGGAAGCUGAAAGAAGACGACAGCAGGAGUUGGACAGAAGACACCUAGAGCAGAGAAGGAGGGAGUGGAUGCUGAAGAGGAGACAAGAAGAAGAAGAUGAGAGAAGGAGACAACAGGCUAGAAACGAACCCUCUAACUUAUUGUACGCCAUGCGGGCAGCCUCCAACGAGAGCGGGCCCUACUAUGUAGACCCUGAGAGAAGAUUCAGAGAGCAGCAGGAGAGGGAACGCGAGGAGAAGCUGAAGGAAUACAUGCAACGCAAUCGACCGAUUAAUCCUGUAGAUAGACAGAGGGAAGAAGAAGUUCGGAGGAGGCAGGACGAAGAGCGCAGACGGAUGGAGGAGGAGCGCAAGUUGCAGGAGUACAUUCGUCGAAAUCAGCCAGUGCAUGUGACGAGCGGGAACGGAAGUUCCAUGGAUCAAAGGAAGAAAAUGGACGACUGGCCGAGAGCGUAUAAUUGGUCAAGGUAUCCCGGCCGGGAUAACGGAAGAAGAAAUCACGGCCCAUCGGCUCCGACGAAUAUUGAUCCCCGAAGCUUCGUGGAGGAGAGAAGAUGGAAGGAGGCAUCGAGGAGGACGGAGGAGGAUAGGAUCCGCGAGAGGGAAAGGCUGGAAGAGGAGCAGCUGAGGAAAGAGGCUUUGAGACGAGAAGAAGAGGCGAGAAGGUUGCAGUCAAGACGAUACGAAGAGCAACGGAAGAGACUGGAGGCUGCGAGACGGGACGCGGACAGGAGAAGGAAAGAAUUGAUGGAGGAACAGGCUAGAAGAAGUCAAGCUGGAAGAACGAGGUCAGAGAACACGAGACAUAGCUACAACGAUCGCGCGAGGCUCGAGGAGCUCAGGAGGAGACAAGACACGAGUCUUAUUCCAGCCAAUUUAGUCCUGAACGAGUCCAGAAGGACCAUGGAGCAAGAGAGGCAGCGGCAGGAGCAGGACAGACAGCGAUAUGAGCAAGAAAGGUGGAGGCUCGAGGCUGAAAGGAGGAGGCAAGAGGAUAGCAGAGCGAAGCAGGGAAGGGAACACGAGCAACGGAGACGACAGGAAGAGGCCAGACUGAACGCACUUCCCGUGAGCGCAAGAAUAAUAGUUCACCCGGCACAGUCUUCCUCCUCGCCUCGCCUGUCAUCGAGAACGGGUUUCGACGGCGAUAUCGAUUUUCCGGGAGUUAAUCCUUAUCGUCGUGGAGUAGCGGUGCCAAAUUUCCCAGCAGCAGCCACUCGACGACCACCUGUACAAAGUCCUCCAGCUUGUGUUUGGGCAGUCGUCCAGUGUUGUCCAUUCAACACCAACCGUCUGGUGACGUGUUUCGAAUCUAUGGGUUGCCCUGGUGUUAACUGGGAUCCGAACCCUUGCAGGGGUUCCAUCACCAAAGCUGCCAGGCAACAAAUCACCAAGUUUUAUGCAGAGAGCGAAGAAGAAAACAGAGGCUUAUAAAAGAUGCAGAUUGCAGGAUUACUCGCCAUAACAUAAGCUUUCGCAGCUAAUCAAAGUAUUUAUUAAAUCGUGACACUACUCCAAAUUUUCCUUUUUUGCAAUACAAAAGACCCUUGUUAUGUUGCCACAUGAGCAAUUUGACUUUCUAAUGGAUUUUAAAAAGCAUAUUAAUCUAUGAAAAUGAUAUAUUUCUAUCCCCUACCCCUUUCAAAUGAGAGCUUCAAAGCUCCUUCAACCCUCUCACUGACAAUAUAACGAGAGUCUCCUGUACAUUAGCACACAGGUCACCAGCGCCCCUUCACUGUCAAAGUGUCAAAGUAUACAUAUACAAACGUGGUUUGCCUGGCAGGAGCUCAAAUUCUUAAAUUAAAAAGCCUUCACAGAUUGAAAUAUGAAAAUAAAAAAGAAUCAUACUUAGGGUCAACGGAGACCUGGUUCCACCGUGCCAGAGUUAAUUUAAUAUUCCUCCCAUUUACAAACGUAAUAUUACUCGUGUUUGAAAUUUAAAUUCUAUUUUAAUUUCAAUUUUGAACAGGUGAUAAGAAUUCCAAGUGCGAAUGUGUUAACUUUAGCUUGAUUGAGAUUAUAAUUAAAUAAUUGACCUCAUUACACUGGGAAGUUUGGAAUAAUUUGUUUUUUAAAUCUCAAAUAAUUUUUUAUUAAUUUUCCAAUGAAAGAUGAAUACAAAGAAUGAAUCUAUUCGAUAUAUCAUGAUUCAAAUUUUCUUUUAUCUCUUCUGUCUGUUUAAUCAAUAUCUCGGAAACAUAGCACAAAGAAAAUGUCAUUCGUGUUCUCGUAUUCUUCGAACAUGAAACAGACAGUUACGUUAUAGAUCUGACAUAUUUUUUUUAUUCGCCUUUUUAGAUCGAGGUAGCGUUGCAUGAGAGCCUUUUAAAUUUAACGCAGCGAGCCAUUCGCCAGCAGUUUCAAAAUCGUGCGUUGUGUUCUUGUGAAAUCAAUAGUAAAAGAACUACAAGAAUUCUAAAUCUCUGAAUAUUUUCAUUUUUUGUCAUCUAUACUGGGAAUAUAACAAAAGUCUACUGUACCAGGUUUUAAGAUGCAAAAAAAGAAGGACACAACGUUCACGAUUUGAAACACUUAAUAGUUUUAGUCGCUAGAUUAACAUACAGUAUUUAUGCAAAACAUCCAUGAGUUCUCGUACGAGCUUAACAACGUUUCCUGCUCGAUACGAUUCAUAAAACGGCGCUUAAAUCCUCUCAGUUUGUAGAGAGACGAACGGAAGCAGGAAUCGUUACGGGGCUGAUACAAUUUCGAAAGGGAAGCCAAUAUUCAACAGAGAGUAACCGAUCGUUUAGUAUUGGCUGGUCGCCAAAGGCGAGUCAGUUAGCAUGUAAAAAUAUAGCUGUAAAGAGGGAAUGAGAGGGAGCGAGUGAAAGAGGGUGCGUGAAAGAGUGAGAGAAACGUGCGACAUCUGUUCGUAUCGUAGACGCAUGUGCAAUUAAGCGUGCUUCGCGUGUAACGAACAUAGAAUUAUUAACUGUGAAACCUUUUUCCUCUUGCACGUAGUCGUCGAACAAUUAUACAGGGUGUUCACACUAAUUUCUGAAGAUAAAUUUUAUUUACCUUUGUUGAAUUAAAAGUUUGACUUCUCAGUAGUAUUUCUUGUUCCAGAAGGUUUCUUUUGUUAAAAGUAAGUAAAUGUGUAAGUACCGUAAAAUAAAUGAGAUUUAACACGUUCGGACCCACCUGGGUAAAUUUACCCAAACCGCAGGGGCGAGAAUAUACCCCAUACCUCGUCCGGGCUAGAGGGUGGUAAAAUAAUAAUGAAAAGGAAUAUUUGUCUCUCAUAAUGUUUAUUUUUUGGAAUUCCACUUAACGGAAAGUGUAAUAGCAUGUUGACAAAGGUCAGUGCAAAAUGUACUUUCUCGGUGGUCCGAAGAGUGUUUAAGAUUCCUCGCCACUUUUCCAGCCAGUGGAAUAAUUCCGUAUUCUAUCGGACAUGAAAUGGGCAUUGCCUGUUGAAAGGGCGGCGUGACCGGCACACCAAGCAGAAGAACUUGUUUUCUUCCACCCCUCUAACCCACCCUCUAAGACCAUCCUCAACAUGAUCACAGCUGUGGACAAUCGAUUUCUCUUCAAUUUGUAGCUUCACUCUCAAUUUAACGAAUUCAUUGCAAUUUUAUUAAAGUGCAAUCCGGAUGAGCUUGGAAUACAAUUCUGAGGAUUUAGUGUAUCGAUGAAGUAAAUACGCUAUUGUUUUAUAAAUCAGGGCUUUAACUCCUUUUGAUAAUCUUUAAUUAUACACUGAAUCUCAGUCGUGAACUUUACAGCUUGCCUAAGCCUAAGAUCAUAAACUCAUUUGCCAGCAAAUAUUUAUCACCUACUUGGAAGGGAUGUAACGUACUUACUAAUAAUUGAGGAAUUUCCAAGCUCGUUAACGACUUAAUAGUCGACUAGAGAAUAUCUAUGCCACCUUAGCGACACAACAUGGAGGUACUAUCCUAUAUUUCCCUCAUGGGCACCAUCUCUUGUAUAAGUGAUAAGGAACUGUUAAGUGUUUACUUCCAGCCAGCAACUCCUUGCUGGACAUCCCCAGUUGGAUAUUUGCCGAUUGGAAUUUCUUAUAUUUUAUAAAACGACUGUUCGCUAUAAAUUACACUUGUUUUUGGAUUUCUCUGCGUAAGUGCGCGUUCGCAAUUCGUUUUCCUCGCUAUUGGAACCACCCUUUCACCAACUCCACCAAACCAAAGGGAUUAAUCAGUUCUCGCGAAAUUGCGGAAGUUUCGAAAGCGAAAGUUCCUCGUCCGAUCCAUAGAAAUUCAGCGCCCAGCGGAACUUCCGACAUUUUCACUUGUCUCGUGUUCCCAUUUUCUUCUUCGAUAAUGACCGCGACCGAUAACGAGAACCUUCAGCUCUGAAGGACUUGCGAAUGCUUCCUGUCCAAUCAACCGCAUUGUUGUUUCCACCGAAAACGCCUCCAUCUCGUUUCCACGAACUAUACUGAAUAAUCUACGAUCAGGUACCAUGAGGAAAAAGUUUGAAGUGCACAGCAAACGAUCUAAACGAGUGGAAAAAAAUGGAAUUAGGUAAACGCCAUAGACCCCUGUGGCUCGGGGGGAUUAGAAUACGGCCACGGUAUCCCCUGCCUGUCGUAAGAGGCGACUAAAAGGGGACACACACACACACACAGACUCAAGCAAAAUGUAUGGCGAAAAAACAGAAACAAAAGUAUGGCAAAUGUAUGAAACAAUGUGAAAUUCAAAAAAUGCGCGGGGUUUGGGGUUGGCAGGGCUGUCAACAUCCCCGAAGGAGCGUGGUCAAAGAGUAGGUAUAAUAAGAGGCAACAUUCUGAGAGAGAAACUACUUGUAGAGAGUGACAAAGUGAUACAACCCAUUUAAAGGUCCAUUCGGCAAUCUUCGUUUUCGACCGUGAACAGUCGUGAGCGCGCGACAAGUUUGUACUGUGGAUUUACGUACAUAGCCUAUAUUGGGGAAACUUCUUUGUCAGAAUGCUCCAAAAAGCAAGAGUUUAUAGCAUUUCAGACCGUCAUAAACCGGGAAUUUUCUGGGGAAUCAAGGAGGGGAAGGAGUACACUUUUUUAGGUUUCCUAAGAAUGGAGACUUGUAAAAAUAUGUAUCAUUUAUAUAGAAA